AUGACGCGUGAUAAUUCCUCCUUUGUUCGACCGACGCGAACUCCACAAUUUGAUCGAGUUGGGUUCGGCUCCCCUCUCUCUCUCUCUCGCUCUCUCGGGACACAUACAUUCUGGAGCUACGGUUGCCUUUCCCUCCCAACUCUGGGAAGCGACCGCUUCUGCUGUCGCUCGGAGGUGGCGGAUCACGAGAAGGGUCUGAAUUCUAACAGAAGCGAAGAUUGGGGGGUUUUGUCUCCUCUGAGUUCUUUAGAGCAUUUCGUGUUACACUGCGUAAUUCCUUCAAGUUGCAUCCGGACUUCGCAGAGCAGAUCUCCCACGUUCUACUGUGAUGAUCUCUUCAUGUCUCACCCGGAUUCCUCGGAAAAGGUACGAGGGCGUGGUCGCGUUUCUUGUGCUGACUGCGUGAUCCCGUCGAGUCCCGCCCCGCAAUCCGUUGAUAAGAGAAGGUACGAAGGUUUGGUCUCCUUCUGAGUUCUUGAACCGUUCCUUGUGUGUUUCACGGCGCGAUUCCUCCAAAUUCUCUCAUGUUCUCGUUGAGACUCCUCUGCAAAGUUUGCUUCUUUGGAUCUAUUGUGGGGCUUGGAAGAUGAUGUCCAGAGAUCCGCUAAAGCUUGGAUCUUUCUCUUUUGAAUGUAUGGGGUGCAAGAAAUCAUAAUUCCGGAAGCUAUGAGAUCUGCAGACACUUGGCAUCUAGGGUUCUUGGUAGCAAUUUGGUUCCAGUUCCCCUUUUUCGAUGAUGGAACAGGUGGUUUACCCAUCUUUCACUUCCAAAGAGACCAUGAAAAAGAAUGUAUCUUCUUCUUGCUUGUGACACAUGGAACCCUACUUGAUGUGGAAUUUGCCCCAAUUUGAGUCUGUAGACUAAAUUAUUUGUGGCAUUUGCUAAGCUUCUCAAUGGUAGUGAGUAUUUCCUGUUUUUUUUUGUUUUCAUUAUUAAGAAUGUAAUUGAAUAUAUGUUAUCUAAUCUACACAGAUAACUGUAGUAUGAUUGCCCAUUUGAAUUCA